AUGACAAUUUUGUGUGCACCUACGAUAAGCGCUGUUCUCAUAGAAGGUAUUGUUGGAGGUGCUGUUCUUGUAGGUGGUUACUUGGGGCCUAAAAUUUAUCGUCAUUUCACUGAAUGCUGUAAGAACAAGUGGAUUAAGCCCAACAUAACGGGUUUACAGUCAGCCCUUCGGAGGCGUGUUUUUGGUCAACACUUAGUCACCGACACCGUUUUAAAGGCUCUUGUUGGACAUUUGAACAAUAAGUCGCCUGAAAAAGUGUUAGCUAUUUCCUUCAAUGGCUGGAUAGGAUCAGUACAGAACUUAGUGAGCAAAAUCAAUGAAGGAAUUUGGAGAGUGACUAUGUUCAUCUGA